AUGCGCUGGGCAUUUCUCGCAUCAAGCAUUCUGCUUGCUCAUGUGAGCGCAGAGCAAUUCGCCAUUCCAGAAGUAGAGAAGGUCGUGAGCUCGGCGCUUCGUACGUAUUCCGAAUAUGUACACUACGCCGGCCCGACAGAGGCUGUAGCAGCCUCAGAAUCCCCAGCUGCAGUGUCACACGCAGCCGCUGAUACUGAUCCCUCCUACUGGUUAGCUGAUGUAACUCAUCAGCAGGGACUUUCCCCUCAUGCGGCCAGUGGGUAUGUCGUGUUCCGAAACGUGAAAGAUUAUGGUGCUGUCGGUGAUGGUGUGACAGAUGACACAGCAGCCAUCAACAAGGCGAUUAGCGACGGUAAUCGCAACGGUCCGGCGUCCGGCGUCACAACUUCAACGACACCAGCGAUUGUCUAUUUUCCUGCAGGAACUUAUCUCAUUUCAACAUCCAUUAUCGACUACUAUUUUACCCAACUCAUUGGUAACCCGAAUUCUCCUGCUAUUAUUAAGGCUACUUCCGGUUUUACCGGUCUAGGGCUUAUCGACGGGGUAGAUCAAUACCAGUCAUCAGGGAAUCAAGGCUGGACUUCAACCAACGUGUUCCUCCGUCAGAUUCGCAACUUGGUCCUGGAUCUGACCGCGAUCCCCGCAAGUUCCGCUGCCACAGGAAUCCACUGGCCGACAGCGCAGGCCACAAGUAUUCAAAAUGUUGCGAUCCACAUGAGCUCAGGUUCAAAUGCCCAAGGACAGGGUAUCUUUGUUGAGAACGGUUCGGCUGGGUUUUUGACCGACGUCACUAUUACUGGUGGUUUAUACGGCCUCAAUGUUGGUAACCAACAGUAUACCAUGCGCAAUGUCACCAUUUCUGGGGCGAUUACUGGUAUCAGUCAGAUCUGGAACUGGGGGUGGACUUAUAUCGGCCUUGAAAUCUCGAGCUGCACUACCGCGAUCUCAAUGACCGCGGGUGGCACAUCAGCCGUAGCCGUCGGAUCUGUUCAGGUCAUUGAUAGUUCCAUUAGUAACUGUAACACCUUUAUCGAUACAGUGUGGUCCACCAGCUCUUCUCCUGCAGGUGCAGGAAACUUGAUAAUUGAGAAUGUGCAACUCACAAACGUACCAACAGCAGUUCAAGGGCCCUCGAGUGUUUAUUUGGCUGGUGGUACAACUACAAUCUCGGGUUUUGGUCAAGGGCACCAGUACACCCCAACUGGACCAGGAACGCUGCAGGGUACAUUUGCCCCGGCUGCUCGACCAAAUGGUCUUUUAGCAAGCGGAUCAAGUAGCUACUACACCAAAAGCAAACCACAGUAUGCAAGUUUGUCAACUAGUAAUGUCGUCAGUAUGCGGAGCUCCGGCGCCAAGGGUGACGGAACUACAGACGAUACAGCUGCCAUUCAGAGUGCACUCAACUCAGCUGCUUCUGCGGGCAAGGUUGCAUUCUUUGACUUUGGUCUUUAUGUUGUGACUGACACGAUUUACAUUCCACCGGGAUCCAAAGUUGUUGGUGAGACGUAUGCAACGAUCCAAGCGAGUGGAAGCAAGUUUACCAACAUUGAUUCUCCCCACCCCGUGGUGCAAGUGGGCAAAAGCGGUGACACGGGAACGAUUGAGUGGUCAGACAUGAUUGUUAGUACGCAGGGAGCUACCGCUGGUGCCGUUCUUAUUGAGUACAAUCUCGAUGGCGAUCUAGGCUCGGGUCUCUGGGACGUGCACACCCGCAUUGGAGGGUACACGGGGUCAAAUCUGCAAGUAGCACAAUGCCCAACCUCGGCAGCAGUGUCAGCGAGCUGUGAAGCAGCAUAUAUGUCAUUGCACAUUACGAGCUCAGCUAAGAAUGUCUAUUUCGAGAACAAUUGGUUCUGGACGGCGGACCACGAUGUCGAUGAUCCCAGCAAUACCCAAAUUUCUAUCUAUACCGGCCGUGGGGCUUUGAUUGAAGGGUCGAAUAUCAUUCUAUACGGCACGGCUGUUGAACAUCACUCACUUUAUCAAUACCAAUUCUCUGGAGCCUCCAACGUCGUUGCUGGAUUCAUCCAAACCGAAACACCAUACUACCAACCUAGCCCGGACGCCAAGUCUGGCCCGUAUGCAUACAACUCAAGUAUCAACGAUCCUAACUACAGUACCUGCCUGUCCGGUAACUGCGAUGCCGUUGGGCUGCGCGUGUCCAACAGCAACUCUAUCCAUAUUUAUGGCGCUGGACUCUACAGCUUUUUCAAUAAAUACAGUACUACCUGUUCGAACUCGGGGGGAUCGGAAAAUUGUCAAAGCGAGAUUUUCCGUGUUGACGGGUCGACAACCGGCUUGAGAGUGUAUACCCUCAACACGGUGGGCGUGACAAAUAUGAUUACAGUGAACAGCAGCAGCGAGGCGCUGUACUCGGAUAACAUCAGUGUGUAUCCGGACGGACUUGCUCUGUUCACGUAUAACUAG